AUGGAUGUUUGGGCGGAAUCCGCGCCCCUCUCCCCCCGAGGAGGCUGUGGGUCGGGGCUGUCCGGUUCCCCGGUCUGGGGGCUCCUGGGGUUAAAGCCCCCGGUAGCCGUUAUCUGUUUAACCCCACGUAAAGGCAACGUGAUCGCGGGGGUUUCUCCGCUUCCCGCAGCUCCUGGCAGUGUUCUCCGGGAGCCGCAGCCCGGCUCUGCGUCGGUCGGAUAUCGCCGGGAUCCCCGGUUACCGGUGCCGCGGUCCCCCCCGAGCCCCCGCCCCGGAGGCUGCCGGUGUCCCGGCGGUUCUCGGCUCACGCUAAGUCAUUAAUGGAUGCAGAUAUGCGGAGGGAGGUGGGCUCAGCCGAGCGGCGCAGAGGGAAUAGGCACACCGGGCCAGGCGGAGGUAACGGCGGCUCCCCCCUACCUCAUUCCGAAAAGCAGCCCUGGGAUGCGGCCGGUUCUACCGGAGGGAUGCCAGGCAGGUGCGGGACCCGCAAUUACCGAGGAGAAAUCCCCACCUUGCUUUGAUCAACGCAGCCCAGCAACGUCCAUCACCGUGGUCUGGGAUGGGAUGAAGCAGCCAGAGCAAAGGGGAGCGCCCAGGCCAGGCUGGGCAGAGCCGUGGGGAGCCCACCCACCCCACAGCACUGAAAAUCAAAGGAUGGAGAGCCCCGUGGGGCACCGUGGGAGCCGUCGGGCCAGGAGGAGGCUGCUCCCAGCACCAGUUUGCAGCAGCAAAGUCAUGCACGGUUGUCGGGAACGGGCGGGUUUGGUCGCAUCCCUGCACGGCAAAGUCAGCGCCUGCGGAGCCAGGCAAGGGAAGUUGGCUUUGGUCCCCCAAGGAUGCUCGAGACCCCCUCACCUUUCCUGGAUGGGGCUGGGGAUGAGGUGGCAGGAGGUGACACUCCAGAUCCAUCUCCGGAUGCCAGCGCUCGAGGGCCGGUGUCACACAGCAUUUCCCUGAACGAGCCCUGGGGAAGGGGAAUGGGAAGAGGCCGCGUGCGCGCAGGGCUGACGGGAGAUGCUCUGCGGCAUAGCGAGGAGCAGCCCCUGCGCAGGGGCCUCGGGAAGGAGCAGCUCCAGGCUGCGCAGAUACUGCAUCGAGCAUCAGCGGAAUGCUCCACGGCGCCUUCCAAUCUGCAUCCGGAGGAGGAGGAGGAGGAAAAUAGAUUGGGUUCCUCUUUUAAAUAGUCUGGAAGCUGCUCUGGCUCAAGAUGGGAUGGGGAGCAGCGCUGAUGGAUGCUCAUAUUUCUGGUGCCCCGGUGCAAUGGGGACAGGGGGACCGGGGUUGUAGCUGAUCCCGUGAUGGAUCGGCUGAAAAGGAGCUUGGGAUGCGUGGAAAUCACAGCUCUGCUUUUCCCAGCAUCCUUCCUCUCUGUCAUACAGUAUUUGGGGGUCAGGAUGAUCCUCCAGCCCCAGGGAAAGCCCUGCUUGAAGCACAGCGGUACCUGCAGCUCUGGGGCUAAACAGCCCAAAAUGAGGAUUUUCCGUGCAGGGAGGUUUGUGGACAUAGUCGGCAUCCCAGCAGCUUUCUGCCCGUUACCUCCCAGCUUGAUGAGCAGAAGGAAGGACCAAAUCAGCUCAGAAAUGUCUGUCAGCACAGGAAGAUCGCGCUGCCCCAUGGAUCACCCAUGGGCUGAUUUGCUCCAAAUGAGAGGAUUUAUCAGAAGACGACAGCGAAAGGACCAGUUUGGUUCAUUUAUCCUGGGGCAUCUCCCGAAGUCCAGUGAAACAGCCCCAAACUCCACUUUCUGCAGGACGGGGACGGCAUGCGGGAGCAACUCCACAUCGUGAGGGGGGAUUUAGGGUCCUCGAAGAUCUGGCACGGUUGUUGGAAGAGCUGUCGGUGUCACGCCUGGAUGCCCGGUGAAUCACCUGGGGAUUUGCUGGAUCCGCUCUGGGCUGGUUUUCCUUCCAAGAAGCAGAGAAGGACACGAACCUCAGCAAUUUCCCAUCGCUCAGCAUCUGCUCCACACUGAGAGGUUCUCACUUCUAUCCAUGCGAGAAUAGCGUCAAUAGCAUCUGCCUUGAUUGCCCGGUUCCUACAAGCCAGAGCAUCUGGGAACAACCCAAACAGCCCAUAUUGGCCCAAUUCCCCCCCGGAUUCGGGUCUGGUAUUGGUAGAGAACUCAGCAGGAACUUGGAUUCACGUCUGGUCCUUCCUCGCCUCACGUCACCCAUCAGAGAGAAGUUAUCCCUCAUCCGGAUCUUCCAAAUCCCAGCAACUCAGGGUGACGGCCGCGCCCUGCGCCUUCCCUCACCCUCCUCUUCCUUCACCAAACACUACGGUUACUCUGCUCCAUCCCCUCCUGAACAAACGCCUUUGCUUCAAUCAUCAGCUGCAGAGCUGGAGGUGCUGAGGGAGCUUCCUGAGGGCCCUCCAUGGGCUCAGGGCAGACCCGAGUCCUCCAACAUCUCGGGGUGCUGGGACCGCACCCACCCCCAGCAUCUCCAACACCCAUUCACAGCAUCUCUGACAGAAGGAACUUUAUUAUAUAUAUAAUAUAUAUAUAUAUAUAUUCAUAAUAUUCUUUGCUGGAGCUUCGGAAAGGAGCUUUCAGCUGUUUUAAUUGCUGGAAGAACUGACCGGUGAGCAAAACCACAGCAGAGUAAACCAUCAAUGCAUUUUCACCACCUUUUCCACCCCCCUUCAAAGCUGAUUUGGGAGCAGAGCGGCUUCGCAGGACGUGGGAAAAGCAAGAAAAUGCCCCCCACCUGUUUGCUUUGAAACAGGCAUCUUUUAAGAAAGAAAGCAAGCCUGGAGCGCUGCGAUCCCAAGCUGUUAUUCCCACACACAAGCUGUAUCGGAGGGGCAGGAUCCGGCACUCCCCACCCCACGGGGUGAAGAGCAGCCACUCUCCGGACUAUAAAUCCCCAGAUUCCCCGGAUCGCCCCAGCCCGGCUGUUAUUGAGAUGCAGGGAGCAGGGGAGAAGGUGACUGCCGACUCCAUAAAUAUUAUUGGGGGCGACGGGGCUGCGUGGGGCCGUCGGGCGCAGACAAAGCGCCCAUUGAGCCGUCGGCGAGACGGCCCAGCUGCCGCGGGGAGCCAGGACGGGGGUCAAGGUCAGAGGUGGCCCCUGCCCAUAUUAUUCCCCCCCCAAAUCUCUUUUCCUCAUGCCCAUAAAAUUAAUAAAGUUAACUGGCUCAGCGUGCCCACGGAGGAUGUCGGGAGAAGUGGGUCUUGAUGGCAGCAAGCCGCGUCGGUGAUGCAGGAAGGGAAACUGAGGCACCGUGCAGAGCCCAGCAUUGCACCUUCUCCGACUUCUGGUGGGUUUAUCCCUUGGGCACCCUUUUAUGAGUCUAUUUAAUAACAAAUAUGAUUAAAGGGUGCAGGCCUGGCACCCCCAGCUCUGUGUGGGAGCAACCCCAGGACCACGCCAACGCUGCUGGGGAGUCCUUGCCCACCCCACGUCACCCCAGUUCUCCCAAUACCAGGGGUUUGUCCCUGCAGGAGAACUGGAGCUUUCAAGCUGCCACUGCAAGGACAGCCCCAUCCACCC